AUUUCAUGCUCGAACUCUUGUUAUACCGCCUUCGCUUUUCCACCAACCAAGUUGUUCUACUCAUGGAAAUUCGAGAGUAUACCUCCGUACUUAUUAAGCCUGAAUUCAUCAACCGAACUCAUACUUAGAUCUGCUUUUCAAUUUGACAGAACACUAUGACUCCCUCACAAAGCUCACACACUCCGCUCUACGAUGCUACAAUCCAUCAGCUUGUCAUCAAACCGAUCUUCGAUACUCUCAAACUGCAGGAGAAAUUCUACGCACACUAUCUUGUACGAACAGCAUGGCAUGGAAGUAGAAUCAUCAUGCGGCAGGUGUCGCCAGAAAGCCCAGAUAUAUUCGAUUUCGUCAUGGAUCUCUAUUAUACUUGCGGUGGAAAAUGGGAUACGUUAGUGCCAAAAUGCGAUAUCACACCGCAGAGCUUACAUCCUUCCUAGAGUAUGCUGCUAUGUUUCUUUGUAACUUAGGUAACUACUUAUGUAAGUUUGAAAAGCUGUCCUUGGUGCUAGCACUAAUUUUUCAUAGGGCGAAGGUGAUCAAAGGUUUGUACCUGAUUUGAAUGUGGAGGCCCUUCGAAAGGUCGCUACUAUAUCCUCAAAAGCAAGAGUUGGCCGGGAGAAAAUCAUUACUCCCUUAUUAGCAAUCCCACCCAUUUAAUCUAGGAUAUCCUAGCAAGAACGCGCAAUCGAGCUACUACCCCGGUACAGAACUUAUUUUCCCAGAGGAGAAUCGCCAAUGUAUCCGAUACGAUGCAGAUACUCGAAUUCCUAAGCUGGUCGAGGACGGGAAACCCAUCUAUCACCUCUUGCAAGCUUCCGCGGAGACCAGUGUACCUCUAGAUGGGCUACGUGAACUCUCUGAUGGUAUAUCUCUUGUUAACAAUGAUCAUUCGAAAGAAUUAUCAAAGAUAUGCUCCGCUUUAAUCAAGGCGAAAGAGUAUGCAGGUAACAGCACGCAGACUCGAUUCCUAACAUCCUAUAUCGAAUGUUUUCGCACUGGUAGCUUAGAAGCUUCUCAAAAGUCUCAGAAAGAUUGGGUAACAGACGUAUCUGCAAGAGUAGAGAAUAUAAUUGGCUUCAUUGAACCUUAUCGUGAUCCAGCUGGAAUUAGAUCAGAGUGGGAGGCUAUGAUAGGGAUCGCCGAUCUCGAUGAGAAAUCGAAAUUGAAACUCUUUGUCGAAAGUUCAACUGUUAUCAUUCGACAACUUCCAUGCGCUCUUGAAGGUGUAAAUGAUGGAAAAGGGCCAUUUGAAAAGAAUCUGUUUGAAAGCCCAGACUUCACCAGUGUUCACGGCUAGCUAAAUUUGUUUCCUUACAAUAAACAUGGAGACAUGCUAAUUGCCCUAGCGCUCGCUGUAUGCGGUAGUAUCGUCUUCGAAGCCACCAACCUUCCAAAUGUAAGAUUGAGAAGGAAAUUUCCAUAGAAUGAUGCUAAUGUUCAACAUAGUACGAAUAUAUCAGGGAAACCUGUGGUUUCAAGAAUAUUGUUCUUGCCAACGGUCUAAGUGUUAAUAACAAUCCAAAACUUCCGUGCCACUGGGCCAAACAAUCAGAACUAAAUCUUUUCAAGAGGAGCACAAAUAUUGUGAGAUUCAUCACUACAGCUAUCCACGAAAUGUUUGGUCAUGGAACUGGAAAACUUCUUAGUGAAACCACACCAGGAGUCUACAACUUCGAUAAGCAGAACCCGCCGAUCAGUCCCUUGAGUGGGGAACCUGUAACUUCACACUAUCUGCCGGGCCAGACAUGGACAAGUGUCUUUGGGAAGCCAGCAGGGACUGUGGAAGAAUUUCGUGCCAUUCUGGUUUCGGAAUAUCUCAUGGACAAUAAGCAAUUGUUAAAUAUCUUUGGAUACAUUGACACUAGUGAGAUCACAGCUGAAGACCGUAAGUUGUACCACGAUUGAUUCAUACAAUUUACUAAUCCUUCUCAUUUCAGUUCUUAAUACUACUUAUCUAAACAUUGGUGUUGAUGGUCUCCAAGCUCUUGAACACUACAAUUCCCAUGAUAAAGCUUGGGGUCAAGUUCACCACCAGGUACGUAUACCUACACAACAUUCCCCGCUUGGUUAUGUCCCGAGUUUUACUGGAAUCUAACAUUUUACCAGGCCCACUUUUCUGUUCUGAAAUACCUCCUCCAGAGCGGCGAUGAUGUUAUCCGCAUUUUAGAUGACCCUGUAAGUUCCACCCUCUCCGUCGAAAUUGACUCUACCAAGAUACUAUCCCAUGGCAAAAACGCGCUAGGCCACUACCUUUGCCGCCUGCACAUCUGGCGCUGCACCGCGGAUGUUUCUUCCUGCAAGCAGUUCUAUGAACCUUUGUGUGCCGUAGAUGGCGUGUAUGAACAGUGGCAACAAAUUGUGUGCUCGAAGCCGAAACCAAGAUGGAAGUUCGUACAGCCGAAUACUUUUACCAAGGAGGGCAGCGUUGAAGUAAAGGUUUAUGAGGAAACCAAUGAGGGUAUCAUUCAACCUUGAGUCGAGAGAAGGGUCUAAGAGCUAGGUCUCUUAAGGGAUUGUUUCGUGGAGAUGAAGUUAAUGCUUGUUUCAAAUCUGAUUUUAGACUCCCUAAGAAUAAAUGCAGCUAGCUAAGGCACGGUAUUCAGUAAGAGAUUUGAAUAAAUUUUUAUUGUGAGAGAUAUUCCAAGGGUAAACUGUGAACUACCAGUAUGUUCCAUACUAUUCAUACUAUU